UCUUAACUAGUGUGUAAUUAAUUUAAUCCACCACGAUAUUUUUACUUUAAUGAUGUACUAGCAUCUAAUGGUUGACAUCACACAAUGGGAUCCUAGUCGUUUCACACCUCGAGCUAUAUAAUAAGCUCACCAUUUGCGGCCCUUGACUCACGCACCACAGAGAUCAAUCGCAUAUUCGCAUCGCAUCCGGCCAUGGACAUGGAGCACCAGCUCCACCAGCUGCUGCACUUCUCGCCGCAGGAGCACUUGAUGGCCAGCCCGGGCUUCCUCGCCGCGGGCGGCGGAUACUCCGCGCAUUUCCCGGCCGGUGGGUUCGUCGAGCCUCUCGGCGCCGACGCCCCAGCUGGCAUCCACGAUGGCGGGUGGGUGGUGGAGGACCUCAUGCAGCUCGGCGACGAGCUGUUCGGCGGCGAUUUCAUUUCCGUCGUCGGCAUGGGAGAUCAUCAGCCGUGGCAGUACGACGACAACGGCGGGUCCCCGGACGAUACGCCGCCGAGCGUGUCGACGGACGGCGACGGGAGCUCUCAUCCCGGGGAGCAAGCAGGCGCCGGGGAGCUCGCCACCACCGAGCCGCACCGCGAGGACCCCGACGACGCGUCGCCGGCGACGCGGAAACGGAGGGACCGGUCCAAGACCAUCGUGUCGGAGCGGAAGCGGAGGGUCCGGAUGAAGGAGAGGCUCUACGAGCUGCGGUCGCUCGUCCCCAACAUCACGAAGAUGGACAAGGCCUCCAUCAUCGCCGACGCGGUGGUGUACGUCAAGGACCUGCAGGCGCACGCCAGGAAGCUCAAGGAGGAGGUCGCGGCGCUGGAGGCGCGGCCGAGGUCGCCCGCCGGGUACGAGCAGCAGCAGCAGCACAGCGAGCACGUGGCGGCGGCGGGUCGGCGCCUGCAGGACCGCGGGCACGGCGCGCGGGUGACGCGCGUGGGCGCGGCGCCGGUGGGCGACGGCAGGUUCGUGGUGACGGUGGAGUGCGAGCGGCGGGACAGCGUGGCGGCGCCGCUCUGCGCCGCCGUGGAGUCGCUGGCGGGCUUCCGGGUGGAGAGCUCCAGCCUCGUCCGGUCGGGGCCGGACCGGCUCGUGUCAACGCUCACGCUCAAGGUGAGCGAGCAAGUAGGGGCCGCGACCAUCGGCGAGGACUCGGUGAGGCACUGGGUGAUAGCGGCUCUGCUCCAGGAGGGGUUCCGGCCCGAAGCGACGGUCGAGAUCUCCUCGCGAUCCGCUUGUCGACCGAUCAACUGGUGUUCAGACGCGGUUUAGAAUGAUGGAGUGUCAUCAAGUAUCUCAGACUAGCUUAGGCCUUGUCAACUGACCUUGCUCAUUCCCCUCUCUCGGUAGUGUUCCUGGCUUCGUGCGUGAGGUGCUACGCGCCCUCGACCGUCCAUCUGGCCGGUGUGACGGCACCUGUGUGCCGUGUCCUGUUGAAACCAAUGGUACCGUAACAUGUCUUCCACGUCGCACAACA